ACUUUUGAUCCCAUGAUCUAUCGAUCCCAUAUACAUCGCAUAUCCGGUAUAGUAGGGUACUACUCGACCCGCGGUCCCCGUCGUCCCGGCCCUGCUGCUGCCUGCGCAGUCCCAGCUCUGUAUACGCGAUGCCGAUGCGUUGAAAAACUUAACUGUUUGUGUUAACGUAGUCUACGUAGAGGUGGAUCGUGGAUGAACAGAGUUCUUCAAAAAUGUCCUCUCAGGAGAAGACAGAUGCCUCACAGCAACAACUCCAGUUUGCACCAUUCAGCAGUGCUCUUGAUGUUGGGUUCUGGCACAAACUUACUCAGAAGAAGCUGAAUGAAUACAAGCUUGAUGAUCGACCAAAAGACAUCUAUGGUUACUACUACAAUGGUGAUCCUGAUGGAUUGCCAUGCAGACUUUGUUUGGAAUUUAAUGCAUUUGAUCAGUCAGAAACAACUCCUCCUCACUGUUAUUCUUCAAGGGGAACACUAGUCAACUUUAAUACUCUGGAUGCUUUCAAAACGUGUGAUAAAAAGGCACUGCUUGAUGUCACAGCUGAGAAGCUAUGGGAUGACAUCAGACAAGACAGUGCAAUUCAAGAUCCGUCCUUGCUUUCUCGAUUCUUGCUUCUAACAUUUGCUGAUUUGAAGAAGUAUCACUACUGCUACUGGUUUGCAUUCCCAGCUCUAUUAGCACCCGAAGGAAUUCAACUCAUUCAUCCACCUCAAAGGUUAGAUAAGGACAUGAAUCAAGAGAAGAUAGCAGCUCUUGAAGCAGCUUAUGAUACAGCAUCAGAGUCAUUGGGUCAAGAUCCUGCAUUCUUUCUCAUAUCAACAGAAGAUGAGAGGACAGCGGUCUUACCCCUGACAGCUUGGGACCAGAUCACAGAUAAAUCCAAGGUGAUCUUUGGUUAUGCUGACCCCUGUACUUUAGACCAAUAUCCAGGAUGGCCCCUAAGGAACUUUCUCUGCCUCAUCUCCUGUCACUGGGCUUCCCAGCUGGAACAAGUAACAGUGAUCUGUUUCAGGGACAGGACUAGGGAAGGUAUCCGGAACAGUUCUCAUAGUUUGGUUCUUAGACUACAAGUUCCUUCAACAAGUUUUGAAAUAUCUUGUCCUAAAUGUGUUGGAUGGGAGAAGAAUCAGAGGAAUAAACUUGGCGCAAGGAAAGUUGAUUUAAGCUCUAGUAUGGACCCAACAAGACUAGCUGAGACUUCGGUUGAUCUAAAUCUCAAGCUUAUGAGAUGGCGUCUGAUGCCCUCUUUAGACUUGGACAAGGUUUCUCAGACAAGAUGCCUUCUGCUUGGAUCUGGUACUCUUGGAUGCAAUGUGGCCAGAUGUUUAUUAGGUUGGGGUGUUCGUAACAUCACGUUUGUUGAUAAUUCUACUGUAUCCUACUCAAACCCUGUCAGGCAGAGUCUCUUUGAAUUUGAAGACUCUUUAGGAGGAGGAAAACCCAAGGCUCAAACUGCAGCUGAGAAGAUACAAAAGAUCUUUCCUGGAGUAAAAACAAAAGGAAUAAGUCUCUCUAUCCCAAUGCCAGGACAUGCAGUAGGCACAUCAGAUGAAGCAAUACAACAAACAAGGGAGUCUGUUCAGAGAUUAGAAGAGCUAAUAGAUGAGCAUGAUGUGUUAUUCUUAUUAAUGGACACACGAGAAAGCAGAUGGCUUCCUACUGUCAUAGCAGGCAGUAAGAGAAAGAUUGUAAUGAAUGCUGCAUUGGGUUUUGAUACCUACCUGGUGCUACGACAUGGAAUGAAACCACCUCGAGACCAGCCACCACCAGAUCAAACUCCAUCAUCAUCAUCAGAAGCAGUGGGAGGGGCAGCAUGCUUCACAUCCUCCAUCAAUCUCUCUCAUAUUCCAGGAGAUAAACUAGGAUGUUAUUUCUGCAAUGAUGUCGUUGCUCCUGGUGAUUCCACCCGUGACCGGACGUUAGACCAACAGUGUACAGUAUCCAGGCCAGGUCUUUCAAUGGUUGCUGCAGCAUUGGUAGUUGAACUCAUGGUCAGCAUUCUACAACAUUCUCAAGGAGGCUAUGCAGCAGCAGAGACCAGUGCUAAGGAUUCCCAUCUGACGGUUGAUCUUACAUCACCAUUAGGUCUAGUCCCUCAUCAGAUUCGAGGAUUCCUAGCCCGCUAUCACUGCGUGCUCCCUGCUAGCAUUUGCUUUGACAAGUGUACAGCAUGCAGUGAUAUCGUCCUGGUGAGCUAUGAGAGAGAUGGCUUUGACUUCUUACUCAAGGUGUUUAAUGAACCACGGUUUGUUGAAGAUUUAACAGGACUUAGUCAGCUGCAUCAGGAUUCGGAACUUGUAGAGAUUCUUGAUUUCAGCGAUGAUGAAACAAUGAGCUCAUCAUCUCAAUAAUUUCAUCAUUACUGCUAGAUAGUGAUCUUACGGAAUAUCAACAGGAAAGAGAUGUUCCAUGUGAUACAGACAGGAAAACAAAUAUAUCACAUUUUGAUAAGAUGUUUAAGAUGUUUUUAGAGUGAUAUGAAAUAUGAGGUUGUUCAUCAUUAUCCUUUAUUGUUGGUUCUAUUAAACCAGUACACUGUGAUGUAAAGAGUUAAACCUAAAUCUCAUCAACAGUUUCAUAAGUACAUUAUUUUCCAGAUGUUUACAAUUCAUAUCAAUCAACAAUUCGAUUGUAUCCCUGUGUUACAAUGUGGCAGACUUCUUGCGCUAUAAAGAUUUUGAGAUGUAAUGCUAGAUCAAAUAUUCAAAAGCCCUUUGGUUUUAAUAUAUUGAUAUAAAAAAGAUACCUUUAAAGAAGGGUUAUUCUUGACAUUAUAGUUGUUAUCAGUGUUUGUGUGUGUUUUACGUGUAAGUAAAGCAAGAUAUCUUAAUUUCUAGAAUAAAAAAUACUUCAAAAGUAUUGAGAUUAACAUUUGUAUAUGCAUCAAGAUAUAGGCGUAGAAGAAAUUUUUAACAUAGACACACAGGAAAAUAGUAUUGGCUGAAUAUGGUAUAAAUUGAAGAAAAAAAUGGUAUACAGAAGCAAAAUACAUUCAUUAAUUAUUUCAAACCAAGUAUUUUCUUUUAAUUUGUUGUAUAAAGGACCUCCUUCCUUUUUUCAGGAAAAUUGCUAGCAUAAUGGCAUGACACCCAGUAGUAUAGUGAUCAUACUCCUUCAUGCUCAUGUUAACAAUAUAUAUAUAUAAUGAAGUUUGACUUGCUUUUUAAAAGUCUAUAAAACUUGUAUUAUUCACCAUCUAUAUCAAUCUUCUGCAUUUGAAAACUGCAUUCUAUGAUAUGAAUUUAAUUUACAUAUUAUACCUCACAAAUGGACAUUGGUUAUAAAAAGAAUUUUUGAAAUGGCUUUUUAAAUUGAUAAUGAUAAAUGAUAAAACAUCUAUGUUCAAGCCCCAAAGGUGGGGAUAUAAUGUGCUAAUAAUAAAAUUGAUCAAUAGAGCUGCUCCUCAGAUAUUCAUAUUGUAUCAGUGAAAAUGAGUUUGCUAAAUGAUUUAUUGGGCUUGUUAGCUUUAUUGAAUUUGUAUUUUGGAAAUUUCAAUGUGUGUCUACUUUAAAAAAGUAAAUAUAUCUGACUUAUGAGCGAAAAAGAAGAUUGAUCGAUGUUGAAAUAAUUACUCCAUGUUUUAUGAUAGUACAGUCGCACAGGUAAUGCAGAAUCAGAUGGAAUAUUUUAGAUAAAUGAAUAUUAUAGGCCAUGUCACAUCCUGCCAUCUGAACUUUCCAUCUGUGAAAGAAUGAGUAUGUACUUCAUUUAUUCUUCAGCUGGUUUUCACAAGUAUAUAGACUAUAUUGGAUAUGUUCCUGGUUCAAUUUUAUGCCGUCUGAUACCGUGUGACAUAAUUAGAUAGAGGCAGACAAAUGUUAAAUGGCAGUAUGUGGCAAUGCCUUGAAAGUUGUAUGUAUUAUAGCUGCCAUUUCUUAUGAAAUAGAAUGUAGAGUAUACUGUUACUUGCCAUUGAGAUAGAGAAUAAGAUAAUUAUCUGAUAUUGAGAUAAAAAUAUGAUAAUUGCAAAUUAUGAUGAAUAUCUUAAAUUUCAUUUGUUAGAGUUUUUACGGGAUGGGUAAGUUUAUCAUUAUUGAAACUUGCUGAAAUACAAGGGACAGAUUGCGUGUGCACAUCUAUGGGGGAAAAUGACUUUAAAACAUCUUUUUUUUUUUGCAUUUAGUGUGUUCACAAAACCAUGAAAAACUCUGAAAUACUGGAAGUUUCUAUUGCUAUGCUACGUGAGGAUAAUUAUGAUAAUGGUGUUUAUUUAAAUACUGUCUAAUUCAGAUUUUUUUUUAAAAUAUGUUUUUUGUAUUUGUAGUAGCAAUAGUCAUUGCGCAUCUUAUGCUUGUUUGAAAUUGAAAUUCUAUUGUAUUGCAGGUUCAAUACCAGGACAUAAUUUUGAUUUGUUAAAUAUAUGAUAGGCCUAUAUAUCUGUCAACCUGUUUCCUACUGGAACCAGAGAGUGCUUCAUAAAAUUAUUUGUUACAUGAUGCACAACUUUUUCGCAUUACUGGUGUUCUAUUCUUGUUCUGAAUGGGAUAUUGAAUAGCUUCACUGGUGUUUUAACAAAAUGGGACUGAGUUUCUUAUAACCUGAAUAAAAUUUUGACAAAUUAUUAACUUUCCUUUCUGAUGUUUGUAAACAACAAGAAUUUGAGUCUGUAAAGAUCAGAUUUCAACUAAGUUUAGUUGAUGGAAAUAUCAAUGAUUGAGAUUUGACUCGACACCUAAGAACUGGUUUCAGUUGUUUGCGUAGAGUCGUUAACUUACAAACAGCUUUAUGAAACGCCUUCACGUUGAUCUUUGUACAAAGCCUUUGGGAAUACUUUUGUAAAUCAGUAUAGUUGGUUUCAAACAAAUCUGGGCCCCGUAUCACAUUGGUUACAGAUUAAUCGCUAAAUAAAAUGACCAAUCAAGAUCAUCGUCACUUGUGCAUUUUGCUCAGUAGACUGAAGAGGAAACAUUCAGGUUCGUUCUUUCAAAUUAGGGAUUAAUCGAUAACCUUGGUGUUAUGGGGGUCUGAUGGAGCUAUAAUGAUUUAAUCUUAUGGUUUAGAAUUUGUAUUUGUAGGAACUAUUUGAUGGUCGUGGUGAUUUGUAAAUACGCUGCAUCUGUAAAUAAACAUUUCAGUUGCCUUCAACACACAAUAAAGUUGAUUUCUUUAAUAUUGCCAUUUCGAAACAAGAUAAAAACAAUUGCGAUAUAAUAGAGUGUACACUUUUUUUUAUUUAAUCUUGGUUAAAAUCUCUACAACUCUCGCUUUGAUUAUCAGAAUAUUUUGUUUUUCAUCAUCUUUUACAAUUCUUUAUGAUAAAACACACCCUCAGAGUUCACAUUUUAGUAAGUAAAUUGUUGUAAUAUGUGAGCUGUGAAGGUUUGCGUGGUUGUAAGACUGGAUAAUAUGGUUUUUGGUUACACAAUGUAAAGUAGUCCUGAAAAGGAAAAGGACAUUUCGAGCACAUAAACUUUCUGAAGAACUGUUGAUCUCUACAUUUUAAGUACGUAAACCCUGGUCUACGUCAGGAGUGAGCAGAGUUUACACACUAAAAAUGUCGAAAUCAACAGUUCUUUAGAAACAUUACCCAACAAUCCUCAGGACUACCAUAUAUGGUGUAACCGAAAUUCUUAUCAUCUUGUUAUAACAUGUUGAUGAUUUUGAAAAUAUUCGACCAAGGAAUAAUUUUGCGCUGAUGCCCACAAAAAAUCAAUAGUUGUGUCUUGUUUAAGGACGUUCCACAUUUAUGUUUGUGCGCAUCAUGAUCUGUGCAUAUUUUACACUCUGACGUCACAAUGGAUGAACUGGUGAUUAAUCAGCUGUAGGUAAUGUGAGCUGAUUUUUCUCCUUAUCUGCACUAACUGCAGAUCCAAUGUGUUAUUUUAUGAAGCUAAUAAACUGGAAUUAUUACAUUGCGAAAUUUGAUGAAAUUUCAAUGGAUUUUGACUGAGUACUAGAGCUUUAAACUAUUAUUGUUGUGAUCUCGUGAGGUCUAAAAAUGCAAAAUUCUUUUGAAUGCGCAAUUCUUAAGAAGAUCCAUUUAGAUGAAGAUUGAAGCUUUUUAGUAAAAAAUCGAGCACAUAGACCCAUGCUAAUUUUUGCAUAUUUGGAAUAUUCAGGUGCGAAAGUAUCUAUAUGCAAAGUAUGAUGAAAAUGACAUGGAUUUUCAAUGUUUGGGAGGAAGACUACGCAUUUUAAACCGUAUUAUCUUGUUUUUGGUGAAUUUUGGGCUGUUUCAAGCCAACUCGCAAUACUUUGGACACUUAUAGUUUAAAAACGAGCACAUGGAGCCCAUAUCUUUAAUGUUUUAACGUCUUCAGAAUAUAUUCCUCAACAAAUCUAGAGAGUAUGAUGAAAAUGACAUGGAUUUUGAAUGUUUGGGAGCAGAACUACGGAAUCAUUCAUAUAUUACACAUUUUGGACGGUAUUAUCGGACUUUUGCACGUUUUCGGCGCAUUUUGGGCUGUUUCAAGCCAACUCGCAUCACUUACGACACUGAUAGUUUAAAAUCGAGCACAUGGAGCCCAUAUCUUUAAUGUUUUAACGUCUUCAGAAUAUAUUCCUCAACAAAUCUAGAGAGUAUGAUGAAAAUGACAUGGAUUUUGAAUGUUUGGGAGCAGAACUACGGAAUCAUUCAUAUAUUACACAUUUUGGACGGUAUUAUCGGACUUUUGCACGUUUUCGGCGCAUUUUGGCUGUUUCAAGCCAGCUCGCAUCACUUACGACACUGAUAGUUUAAAAACGAACACAUGGACCCCAUAUUUUUAACAUCCCUGCACCUUUGCAAUGCAUUCCUCUACAAUUUUGCAGAAUUUGAUGAAAAUGACAUACGUUUUGAAUAAAGUGCAGCUUAAACUCUACUUUUUCAAUUUUCGAAUAGAUUCACAUCUUUUGAAGAUUUGUAUUUUGGAAGUUUAUGCACCAUUCUUGUCAAAUGAGGGCGCUGAUAACUCCAAAUAGAUAUAGUUUGCCAAUUAAAAGAUAUUCUCCUACUUUGGUAUCUACUUAGUUACAUAUCCUGAAAGUUUGAUGAAGUUUGAUGAGAUAUUGACAGAGUAAAGAUAAUUUAAACUCAUUUGGUGAAUUCGUGAGGUCUAAGAGAGGUAUAAUUCUUUUGGAUUGCGCAACAUACAAAUACAGUGACUUUGAAGUCCUGUAGAAAAAAAUUAAGCACAUGAACCUAUAUUAUUUUUUGCAUUUUCAUAAUGCAUAUAGAUACCAAAAUAACUCGGCAAAAUUUAGUGAAAAAUGACAUGGACUUCAUUUUAACUGUGGAACGUCCUUAAAAUAGUAUGUGAUAUAAUGAUAAAUGUGAUUCUUCUGAUCAGGAUAGUUUGUUAGAUCAGAUAAUUGGAAGACUAAUGAUGGGCCUAGGCCUGUAGUUUCUAUUAUUUGAUGAUGUUUGCUUUUCUUCUGUAUAUUUGAUGAAUAUAAAUUUUAUUUCUUGAUGUAAAUGGUUAAAGAUGAGAAUAUAUUUUUGUAUACCCACUCUUUGUUCUCAUUAGUGCAUGAUGGUAUGUGGAAAUAUAUUUGCAUUUGUUUGGUAUGAAUACAUGCUUUAAAAGAUUUUUGUUUUAAAUAUAGCAGAUUUUGUUAUAUGCUUCAGUCACGUAAUCCAUUCCUAAUAAACUAAUAGUUGUUAUUAUGAUGGAGAUAAUGAGAAUAGUCCUGACAUAUAUUUACUUUCAUAUCAAACAGUGAUACUGUUGAAAUAGACGAUAAGAUUGUCCAAUGUCAGGGUCCUUAAUGAAUAUUGUUUUGUGAUAGAAGUGACACAUCAUCAUCCUUAUCCAGAGUUGAUUCAUUCUCAAAGGAAACAAAGAAGGACAAAUUGAAUGUGCAAUCAGUUGAUUACAGUCAUUAUUUCUCAUUUGUGAUUUAGAUUUAGGAAUUAUGGAAAAUAAACCCCAAUUUAUUUCUCAUA